AUGGAAUCUGAAAUGUGUAGGAGCUGUAGGGUGUUUUAUGGGUGUCUUGGAGGUCUGUGCUCCCAGUGUCACAAAAAAGAAGCUUUGAAAAAAGAAGCUACUGAAGCAGUAAGCACAUUGGCCCAAGUUGUUUCAACAGUAAAUCUCCCUCAAGAUGUUCCACCUCCUCAACCAGUACAAGACCCAACUCAUUGCUUUGCAUGCAGGAAGCGAAUGGGGCCGCUUUCAUUUGCCUGCAAAUGCCAACAUUCAUUUUGUUCUAAGCACCGACUGCCUGAAGAUCACCAAUGUACAUUUGAUCACAGAAGUCAAGGAAUCCGAAAGCUUUCUGAAAGCAACCCACUCGUCGUGGCUGAGAAGUUCAAUAAACUUUAA